GAAUGAAGUAACUGUAGUGACGAGUCGUUUCAAUUGACCUUUUUGGCCCCGUUCACCGAAAGCAAAAAUUUCUGGAGAAUCUGGUAAAAAGUUUCCGAUUCCCACACGGAACUAACUCGCUGUUAAACAACAACACGGAAGCAUGGUUAUUAAUUAAUCUGUUAGAAAGAAACAAGACAUUAUUAAAAAGGUGUAAGAGAGAGCCUCUUUCUCUCUCUUCGUUGUAAUAGCAUAUGCUGCUACGCUUAGCCUACUCGUCACCAUAAUUCGUAGUCGCUGGUGAUUGUCGUUUCAGCUUUUCUCUAGAUCGCAAUUGGGGUUGACAAACGAGUGCGUCACGUCACCAUCGAAUUCAGAAACCACCCGGGUGGGGAAUUUUGUGUAUUUUCCCAUUGGCUGUCUUUUGUUGUCUACAAAAUUUGAUUUUCAGUGCGACCCCACUGCAACGCCAGCAUCCUUAUUUUCUCUUUCUUCGUCUAAUGUGUUGUUGAAAUAAACCUCUUUCUCUUUGUUUGCACGUCCAUUUGGUUCUUCACAUUCGCUGUAUUCUGAGAUGCCCCUUCUCUUCUAUUCGGCUACUGGUUGCUCUCAAUCCGUUUCUUCUUCAUUAACGCACUGUUUUCUAUAAUGGGUGUCUCACGAUAUUUUCAUGACGUUCUAGGAUUGUCCGUGUUGGAACUUACGACAAUCUGCGUGAACCUGACUUUUGUUCUUUUGUUUCUCUUUGUUGUCUCGGUGAGGCGUGCUAUUGUGUACCAGGGUGGAUUGCGAUUUGGUAAAAAUGGGAACAGUGGCAAUGCCAGCCCAAUCUGUAGUGUCAUUGAUGAAGAAACGCGUGGUGUUAGAAUCAGUUUGGUGUUCAAGUUGUCAGUGGUGUCUUGUUUCUAUAUUUUCUUUGUGCAUGUUUUGGCCUUGGGGUUCGAAGGGUGUGCUUUAGUUUGGGGUGAGGCUGACGUGGAUUUGUCUCUUCUCUCUGUGCCUGCUGCACAGGGUUUGGCUUGGUUUGUGUGGAGCUUCUCGGUCUUGCAUUGCAAGUUCAAGGGGUCAGAGAGGUUUCCAGUUUUGUUGAGAGUUUGGUGGUUUUUGUCCUUUGUUAUUUGCUUGUGUACUUUGUACGUUGAUGGGAGAGGGUUUUGGGAGGAUGGUUCUCAACAUCUAUGUUCUCGUGCUGUCUCAAAUGUUGCUGUCACUCCACCUCUUGCAUUUUUGUUUGUGGUUGCAGUCAGGGGUGACACUGGUAUAAGAGUUUGUCGGAACUCUGAUCUUCAAGAGCCAUUGCUUGUUGAGGAGGAACCCGGGUGUCUCAGGGUUACUCCUUAUAGAGAUGCUGGAAUUUUUAGUUUGGUCACUCUUUCUUGGCUGAAUCCACUUCUUUCAAUUGGUGCUAAGAGACCACUUGAGCUUAAGGACAUUCCACUUGUUGCACCAAGAGACAGAGCCAAGACUAGUUAUAAGAUUCUGAAUUCUAAUUGGGAGAGAUUGAAGGCUGAAAAUGACAAUCCCUCUAAGCAGCCUUCUUUGGCUUGGGCGAUUCUCAAGUCAUUCUGGAAAGAGGCAGCUUUGAAUGCUAUCUUUGCUGGUUUGAAUACUUUGGUGUCAUAUGUAGGUCCGUACAUGAUAAGUUACUUUGUGGAUUACUUGGGUGGCAAGGAGACCUUCCCCAAUGAGGGAUAUACCCUUGCUGGUAUAUUUUUUGCGGCGAAGCUUGUGGAGACUGUGACAACUAGGCAGUGGUAUCUAGGAGUGGAUAUCUUGGGCAUGCAUGUUAGAUCAGCCCUAACUGCUAUGGUAUAUAGAAAGGGACUCAGACUCUCAAGCUCUGCCAAGCAAAGUCACACAAGUGGGGAGAUUGUCAACUACAUGGCUGUUGAUGUUCAGAGGGUCGGGGACUUCUCUUGGUACCUUCAUGAUAUGUGGAUGCUUCCACUGCAGAUUGUUCUUGCCCUUUUUAUUCUGUAUAAGAAUGUCGGAAUUGCUUCUAUCGCAACAUUGAUUGCUACAAUCGUUUCCAUUGUUGUCACGGUUCCUGUGGCUAGGAUACAAGAAGAUUAUCAGGACAAAUUGAUGGCUGCAAAGGAUGAAAGGAUGAGAAAGACAUCAGAGUGUCUUAGGAAUAUGAGGAUUCUCAAGCUCCAAGCUUGGGAGGACAGAUACCGAUUGAAGUUGGAGGAAAUGCGUGGAGUAGAGUACAAGUGGCUAAGGAAAGCACUCUACUCUCAGGCUUUCAUAACUUUCAUAUUCUGGAGCUCCCCUAUAUUUGUUUCAGCUGUCACUUUUGCUACUUGCAUAUUGUUGGGGGGCCAGUUGACUGCAGGUGGCGUUCUCUCUGCUCUAGCUACUUUCAGAAUUCUCCAAGAACCUCUGAGGAAUUUUCCUGACUUGGUGUCAACCAUGGCUCAGACAAAAGUUUCUAUUGAUCGCAUAUCUACUUUCCUUCAGGAUGAAGAAUUGCAGGAAGAUGCAACUAUCAUCAUGCCGCGUGGCCUUUCUAACUUGGCCGUAGAAAUCAGGGAUGGUGUCUUCUGCUGGGACUCUUCUUUGCCUAGGCCUACUCUAUCAGGAAUACGUAUGAAAGUGGAAAAGGGAAUGAGCGUGGCUGUUUGUGGCAUGGUCGGUUCUGGGAAGUCAAGUUUUCUUUCUUGCAUUCUUGGAGAGAUUCCCAAGCUGUCUGGUGAAGUAAAAGUGUGUGGAUCUGUUGCAUACGUCCCCCAAUCUGCUUGGAUUCAAUCAGGAAAUAUAGAAGAAAAUAUCCUGUUUGGCUCCCCAAUGGAUAAAGCAAAGUACAAGAAUGUUCUUCAUGCUUGUUCACUGAAAAAGGAUCUAGAGCUUUUCUCACAUGGAGACCAGACAAUCAUUGGUGACAGAGGUAUAAAUUUGAGUGGUGGCCAGAAGCAGCGCGUUCAGCUUGCACGAGCACUCUACCAAGAUGCUGAUAUUUACCUCCUUGAUGAUCCCUUCAGUGCAGUUGAUGCCCACACUGGAUCGGAAUUAUUUAGGGAGUAUGUAUUGACAGCACUAGCAAACAAGACAGUUAUUUUUGUGACUCAUCAAGUUGAAUUUCUCCCUUCUGCUAAUAUGAUACUGGUUCUUAAAGAAGGUCAUAUCAUACAGGCAGGAAAAUAUGAUGAUCUUUUACAAGCAGGAACAGAUUUCAAAACUCUAGUUUCGGCUCACCAUGAAGCAAUAGAGGCCAUGGAUAUUCCUAAUCACUCAGUCGAUUCAGAUGAAAAUGUACCUUUGGAGGAAUCUACUAUGAACAGUAAGACAUCCAUUUCUUCUGCAAAUGAUAUUGACAGUUUGGCAAAGGAAGUUCAAGAGGGAUCAUCGGAUCAGAAAGUAGUUAAGGAACAGAAGAAAGCAAAACGCUCAAGGAAAAAACAGCUUGUUCAGGAAGAGGAGAGGGUUAGAGGUAGAGUCAGCAUGAUGGUCUACUGGUCGUACAUGGCUGCAGCAUAUAAAGGUUUAUUGAUUCCCCUCAUAAUCAUGGCACAAACAUUAUUUCAGUUCCUCCAGAUUGCUAGUAAUUGGUGGAUGGCUUGGGCAAAUCCUCAAACUGACGGAGACCAGCCCAAAGUAACACCUACUGUUCUUCUUCUUGUGUACAUGGCCCUCGCUUUUGGGAGCUCAUGGUUUAUUUUUGUAAGGGCUGUUCUCGUGGCUACAUUUGGUCUAGCAGCUGCACAGAAGCUUUUUUUCAACAUGCUUAGAAGCAUUUUCCAUGCACCAAUGUCUUUCUUUGACUCUACACCAGCUGGGAGGAUCUUGAAUCGUGUUUCAAUUGAUCAAAGUGUGGUAGAUCUUGACAUUCCAUUUAGACUUGGAGGGUUUGCUUCAUCAACAAUACAGCUUAUUGGAAUUAUUGCUGUAAUGACAGAUGUAACAUGGCAAGUUUUGCUCCUUGUAGUCCCAAUAGCUAUUAUUUGUUUGUGGAUGCAGAAAUACUACAUGGCUUCCUCAAGGGAGCUGGUACGCAUUGUGAGCAUCCAGAAAUCUCCAAUUAUACAUCUUUUUGGUGAAUCAAUUGCGGGAGCAGCCACCAUUAGAGGGUUUGGACAAGAAAAAAGGUUCAUGAAGAGGAAUCUCUAUCUUCUGGAUUGUUUUGCACGACCCUUCUUCUGUAGUCUUGCAGCUAUUGAGUGGCUCUGCCUGCGGAUGGAAUUACUUUCAACCUUUGCAUUUGCUUUCUGCCUGGUAUUACUUGUUAGCCUUCCCCAUGGAAGUAUUGAUCCCAGCAUGGCUGGACUUGCUGUAACGUAUGGCCUAAAUUUAAAUGCACGUCUAUCAAGAUGGAUACUCAGUUUUUGCAAACUAGAAAAUAAAAUUAUAUCCAUUGAAAGAAUUUAUCAGUACAGCCAAGUUCCUACUGAAGCGCCAGCAGUUAUUGAGGAUUCUCGCCUUCCAUCCUCAUGGCCAGAGAAUGGGACAAUCCAAUUAAUUGAUCUGAAGGUACGUUACAAGGAAAAUCUUCCUGUGGUGCUUCAUGGAGUAUCCUGCACAUUUCCUGGUGGGAAGAAGAUUGGAAUAGUUGGUCGUACUGGCAGUGGCAAAUCUACGUUGAUUCAAGCACUAUUUCGUUUGGUUGAACCAGAAGCAGGGAGUAUCUUCAUAGACAACAUUAAUAUUUCAGCUAUUGGCCUUCAUGACCUUAGAAGCCAUUUGAGUAUCAUACCACAAGAUCCAACCUUAUUUGAAGGCACCAUUCGAGGAAAUCUCGAUCCACUUGAAGAGCACUCUGAUAAAGAGAUUUGGGAGGCCCUAGAUAAGUCUCAACUUGGUGAGAUCAUCCGUGAAACAGGGCGCAAGCUUGAUAUGCCAGUGCUGGAAAAUGGAGAUAAUUGGAGUGUAGGGCAGCGGCAACUUGUUUCUUUGGGUCGAGCUCUGCUGAAGCAAUCAAAGAUACUUGUACUUGAUGAAGCAACUGCAUCAGUCGAUACUGCUACUGAUAAUCUUAUACAGAAGAUAAUUAGAAGGGAGUUUAGAGAUUGCACUGUCUGCACUAUUGCACAUCGUAUUCCUACUGUUAUUGACAGUGAUCUGGUGCUGGUACUCAGUGAUGGUCGAGUUGCAGAGUUUGACACUCCACCAAGGCUAUUAGAGAACAAGUCAUCUAUGUUUUUGAAGUUGGUGACUGAGUAUUCAUCACGGUCAAGUGGCAUACCAGACUUUUAAACCAGAUGAAUAUGCAUCAAAACCUUCAAUGUUGGAGGUAGAAAGAACUCAAGAACCUUCAGUGUCAGUGGCAGCACGAGCUCUAGACAUUUCAAAUGCUGAAACAAUAUUGAUGCCUUAGUUGCUGCCAUUGCUGCAUUCAGCACAUACCGAGACAUAAAGUGAGCAGAUACACAUUAGUCCUUACGGAUCAAGCACUCUCCAGUGGGAGGAACUGAAUUUCCAGAUUCAAAGCACCGUUAGUUGAUUCAACUCCUUGACUUGGACAACAUUGAGGAUCCAUGCAUGAUUGGCUUAGUUGUAUAAUACAGAUAAGAUGAUUGGUCUUUCAUGAAAGAAAACAUGGGCGUCUGAAUUGGUUUCAAAUUUGAAUAAUGUUGAAUAACACGCAGUUUUGAGAUUGAGGCAGUAGGCUUUUGCACGCUUAGAAAAGUGUAGAGUUGGAACCAGUCUUUUGUAUUACACUUUUUCUUGUUUAUUUCAGAAUUAUUUUAGGC